AUGUCUAAUCCCAAGUCGGAAAAGUACAACGCAGAGCCAUCUCGCUUGGAAGACCAAACAAUUCGUAAAUCAUCACAUUCCCAUCUUUCCCGGUCCGAUAUUUUCUCCAGGCUUGUGAAACUUGUUGGCCUAUCGGAGCGCAGCACCAAAACACCUACUCAUCGAUACGAGGUUGGUCGCACUGGGGGACUUGCUGUUAUCGGAGAGCAACAAGCACAGUCCACAGUAAAUCUCGCCGUCGAUCGGCCUCGAUUGAUGGAAGGCCCCGACCUAUCACUUAUCUACGGACCAGCUCAGUUGUUUAACCUCGACACUGGUAAAAACAAAUGUGACAAGAAAUCCAUCCGUCGUAAGGCAAAGAACUUGCCUGUGGUCGAGCCCAUCGCUCACCUCAUCCCCAUCCCGGAAUCCACGAGUACAUCUCAACGAACUUCGCUCAUCCCCGACCUGUCGUGUGUGAAAAUCAACAAUUUUGCCGACCAAGAUGCCCUUAUGGAGACGGAUUCGAUACGUGCUCGUGCAGCUAUCGCCAUGGCGCGCGCACAACUUGAACAUUCACGACCCGCGAGCUACAACCGCAAGCUCGAACGAUCUUCGAAUCACAUGAUGAUGCUACCCAACGAACUCGAUGAAUAUUUUGCAGUUCAGUCGUCAAAGGAACGAGAAAAGCUGUCCGCCCAGCUCGCAGCCCACACGAAGAACGAGGUACACGAUCGGAUUUGUGAAGAUGACCUUGGUGCGAUGCGCAAGGCUGUUGGCCAAUCGCAAGCGAUGGUUCUAACGCUGAUGGCCGCUAAAGAGGCGAUCUCUCAGCGGGCCACGGCAAGAAAGAAUCAUCACUCGCCACUGGCUUCUUCUUCCGCCACCGGUGAUUUACCCAAACCCGGGCGACCUGGCAAACCAUUCCAAGGUCUCUAUCGAGCUGGGGACAUCCACCUUCUCCCCCUCCAUCCAUUCCUCUUCCCCAACUUCCACCCUCUCUUGAUGAUCGUACCUCCUACAACCGCAUACAAGGAGCUUCCUAACGAGUACGACAACGAUGACGAGAUUAUGAAACACAUCGACGUUCUUAUGCAAAGUUUGACCGAUUCUUCCAAUAAUGCGUGGCGUCGGAGCAAUGAGAACUCUCUAAUCGAUAGUGGACGUCGGGAUUACCAAAGAAAGCCAAUAGAAAACCUCUCACACUCAACUUCCUAUUCUGGAUUGCGACACCUGAGUAACGAAACGAACCGUAGCCAGCCCAAUCGAUUGCACCUUACGCCAUCGGCUGUUCCCCCUGUGCCUACUAUUCCACGCCCGCCCACCAAGGCUAGCCCACCACUUCCUGGUGCCGCAGGGCCAGCAGUCCAGCCAUUCCACGGGGUGAAGGUUGAAAACCUUUCAGUAACUCAAAUGAACGAUAAUGGAAUGUUCAAUCAGUGCAACUUUAUUCUGUCUUCGUAUAACGACUUUGGGGAGUUAACACAUACUACACGUGUGUCUUAUCCGCGUAGCGUCUCCCACGAACCCUCUUUGCCGAACAUCCCUAGUGGGCAUACCGAGAAAUACUUCCAACAGUUCGCACGCCUUCCCCAUCUCGCCGCCCGCUACUGCCGAAGUAUGGUCCCGAACGUGGCGUCAUAUCUUCGUCAGGCAAGGAGUUUACCCUUCGAUCCACACUCCAAGAUGUCCGUCGGGCAGUCCACGGAGCUUCCUUCUCAGUGUACCUUCCCUAGGGUUACCCGGGCGGGCGCGAACGCCCGAACCGUGUUCGCAGCAAACCACCCGUCACAAUUAAAAGUGAACCUUGAUCAGUUGUACCACGACCCUGAUCUUCUUGCAUAUUUUUUCAUGUUUUGGACUUGUUACAUAGUUUGUGAGGUUCCCUUCCUGGAACAUCUCUGCCGCUCCCUCUCUCUUCGUUCAUCUGUCUGUCUGUAA